CGCUAAGAGCAACAUGAACUGACUGUACCCGGCGCUGUGCUUUAGCCAAUAAAUAAACACUUCCCUUGCUCUGCUGAUAACAUGCACAGUGACAGUGGGAUACUGUUUUGGGAUGUAGAACUGGCAGACUGUGCUGUACUGGCAGUGCGCUCGGCGCAAACAGUAGCGCUAUCAGCUUGUUCUGAGAGUAUCUGCGGAGAUUCAGCACCAGCAGCGAGCGGACAGCUCCCUCCCCUCCCAGUCAGCUUGUGCGAGUAAAAGGCUGUGGAUCUCCCAACUUCCAGGCUGCGCUUCAUUCUCUCCUGUUCACAGCCGACCCCGAUACUCAGCCCUGGGGUUCUACUCUGCUGUAUUGGAACUACAUGAAUGUAAAAGAGCUGUCUACUCUGAAGCUAAUCAAUACCUCUCCCUGGAAAUGGACAACUUAAUCAGAACCUUGCCUGGGAUGUAUGGAGCCUAAUCGAUGGAAAAGCCAAACCUAAUAACUCCUUUCCAAAGGAACUUCCAAGUUUGAUCCCUACUACGUUCAAAUGUUAUGAAUAAUCUGUCCAAAACCACAUAGUCUUGUGACUGCUCUGCCCAGGAACUAUGAGGAUUAUCAGUCCCCUGUCCAGGAGUUACAAAAUCUAACAAGUGCCAUGUCCAGCUCAGGAGCUACAAAAUCUCAGGAGUUCCAUGUCCAACACAGGAGCUACCAAAUCUCAUGAGUGCCAUGUCCAGUCCAGCUACCAAAUCUGAUGAGUGCUAUGUCCAGUCCAAGAGCUACCAAAUCUCAAGAGUGCCAUGUCCAGCCUAGGAGCUACCACAUCUGAGGAGUGCCAUGUCCAGUCCAGCUACCAAAUCUUAUUAGUGCCAUGUCCAGUCCAGGAGCUACCAAAUCUAAUGAGUACCAUGUCCAGCCCAGAAGCUACCAAAUCUGACUCAUUUGCCCCAUCAAGGAACUACAAUGUGUUCAAGAAAUAUCAAGUCCAUCAGUAACCUACCUAGGAACUAGUAUCUGUGACCAGCACCCAUACUGACCACAAUACUGCCCUGAAUCUUUCCUAAUCAUCGUGAGCUUAGGGGUCUUCAGUCUGGGAACUCAAAGAAGGGGUGUUUUUUUUCAAGUAAGGUGACCUGGAGCUGUUCAAGUGUAAAUGAGCCGUCUGUGUUACUGUGUACAAAAGCUGGUUGUCCUGGAGCUUCACAAGUCAUAGCAGGUAAUAAGGCAUCUGUCCAGUCAAUGUCAGCUUCUCUCUUGCCCCCACCAAUAAAUCAUGUGGGCAUGUCAUCUGAACUGAAGAUCCCAUUGGUAGGGAUAAGCAACACAUAAGGAUAUUGACAUCUCCUCUCUCUUGAGUGGUGGUAAAGCAGGGAGCUGAAGACUGAGGUGCCCUCAUGGAAAGGUCUAUCUCACAGCUUCCAGGCACAGAAGUGACCUCCCCACCCUUACAAUGAGCAUAACAGUGAGUGAAGUCCUGGGGGGACAAAACUGGAGAAUCCAAGAUGAUCUACACAUAUACCCCAGCUAAUAGACACAACUGACUUAUUCGCUCCUUGCUUGGAUCUACUGUACUACAUUUGGGAUUGUCAUGGCUUUUACAUUUGCUGCCUUCUGCUACAUGCUGUCCCUUGUGCUUUGUGCGGCUCUCAUCUUCUUCGCAAUAUGGCAUAUUAUUUCUUCUGAUGAGUUGAGAACAGACUUCAAAAACCCGAUAGAUCAGUGUAAUCCGGCACACGCGAGGGAACGCCUUCGAAACAUUGAACGGAUUUGUUUUCUACUCAGAAAGCUGGUGCUUCCAGAAUAUUCAAUCCACAGCCUGUUCUGCAUAAUGUUCCUAUGUGCGGAAGAAUGGUUAACGCUGGGGCUGAAUGCUCCAUUGCUUUUCUAUCACAUAUGGAGGUAUUUCCACAGUCCGGCAGACAGCUCGGAAUUAAUCUACGACCCACUUGUAGUAAUGAGUGAGAGUACAUUGAGUUACUGCCAGAAGGAGGCCUGGUGUAAGCUGGCGUUUUAUCUGCUUUCAUUUUUCUAUUAUCUGUACUGCAUGAUCUACACCUUAAUGAGUUCCUAAGGACCAUGGGAAGAAACAUCACCCUGACAGUCUCGGACAAUGUGUGGCUGAAGAGAAGGAGAGGAACUUCUGUCCUGUUCAGACAUUCAGGCCAGUGAAAUACACAGACUCCAGCCCACAGUCCAAAGAAGACCCAGAGAUGGAAAUAGAAUGGCUAGAAAAUGUGCCAUUGAGCAGUGCUACAUGCAGAGUAAUGAGAGUUGGAUGGUGAAUAACAGAAUGAAACUUGUUAGUGAAGAGCGGAUCACCAGAUGGCAGCAUGCAAAAUAUGCAAAAUAUGGCUAAUAUGUUUAUAUUUCAAGCUAUCAGUUCUGCAUCUUGUUUGUAGCUGAAGAACCAUGCCAAAUGGAUUGCAGAGGACAAAGGGACUAAAACUACCUUGGCUGCCUGGGUACUGAAAAGUGGCUUUGCAGUACCUGAACAAUGUAGCUCAUGAACAAUGUAGCUCAUGAACGAUGUAAACUCUGCUGUUUUCAGUCUGCUUUUAUAAUGAAAAAGGGCCAUGUAAUUGCAUUUAAAAAAAAACUUCCAUUGUUUUUACCAAUGUGAAGAUGUUAAUGUACAACAUAUAGUUACUUCUCCCCUAGCUGCUUCUAUGGUGUUAAACGUUCAGCUUGAAGUUCCUUCCUUUCAUAAGGUGCCAUUGUUUUAUGCUGACUGCCCACAAGCUUUCUUAUCACCCCCCAUUGCCCUCCUCUUGUUUUAUAAUACCCUCCAAGAAGCUAGUUACAGGUGCGUACAAUGGGUGGGGUCUAUUGUCUUAAUGGUGGAUUGGUCAACCGAUGAAGCCUGAUGAUAGAAUUAUCCAGGGCAGUAUUAGCAGGUAUUAAUUUGUUCAUAGGUUAUACAGAAAUAUCUUCUAUAAUAGCACAGGUAGGUAUUUUCCUGUACUAAGCACAGUUCUGUAGGAACAGCUCACUCUUAUUUGCUUGUAUACUGUACAAAGAGAUACCACAAAACUAAGACAGGUAUUCCAAGUACUAAGCAUGAUUCAGCAGAAACAGCCCCAAGGUUUUUGUAUUGCCUACUCAGAGUCCAGUGUCUUACUGGGCCGUCGAGACACUGGGAAAAAACCCAGUGGGCCCCGGCUCAGACCAGCUUCUCCUGCCUGCCUAAAACGAAGCACUCAAUGGUGGCCCGAUUGAUACAAGAACAGCAGGUACGCACUGGUGGGGGGGAGGUAGUUGGAGAAAGGCUGCGGCUGACACGGUGGGCCCAUGGAGUUGGCCGGAUGGGGUCAGAGGCCGGGGGUGGGUCUAACAUUGAAGAAGCCCUAUAGAAUAAUGCCAGUGUAGGUAUUCCCUUUAUUCAGCAUAAUUGUAAACAAAAGGGUAUUGCAGCCUUGCACAGUAAGUUGUUUUUAGGUAUAAGACAUCUGCUUUUCUGGCAGACAUUUGGGGAUACCCGAACAUGCACAGAUUAAUGCUGACCGGUUUCAAGGAAAUACAUUGCAGCUGUUGAAAAAGGGAGACUAUACACAUGCUACAAUAUUUGGUCAGAUGUGCUGCUGUUUCUGUCCCAUUUUACUUUCCUCUGUGAUGGUGGAGGGAAGGUGAUAAGUGUUUUAAGACCAGGUUAACUUACCCCUUAACAUGAUUAAAUUGCACAUAAAUCAGAUGCAGAGAUUUUAUCGAAGACCUGGGAGACCAUUUAACUCUACCACUUGAUUACAAUGUGUUUUGCAUGAGUGAGUUAGUAGCUCCUUCUUUAACUGCAAUUUUUGAGCUUGGGUUUAAUUUAUGGGAGGCUUAGAAGCGCCUCCAUUAAUACAUAUUCAGUAUACACGCAAAAAAGUGUUUUAGCAUGGGAAUAGGCUCUUCAAUAAAACAUGAUCUGUUCCCUGCUUGGGGUAUGAGCCCCCUUUUCUUUUUUCUUUCCUUGGGUGGUAAAUGUUACAGGCAAGAAGUGAUUUUUUAAUGGACAAAUUAUUUCUUCAUAAAAAGAGCGAACUCCACUGUACCUGUCACAAGUGAUUAUGCCGCAUCUUGCCUUCAUUUGCCAGAGCUACAGACUGUGCACUUUAAUUAAGUCAUCCUCGAGUUUGAUACCAGAUUAUCAUAAAUUAGCGCUCUGAGAUCCAUUUUCAGAAUGCUAAUUCUAAUAUUUAUUCAUGUAAGGCAGGCAACUUACUGCGCUAGUUUGAAGGGAUACUGUAUACUCAUUUAAAGGAGGCAAGAAGUAUGAAAAAAAUGUGCCAGUGCAGUAUAUCCUUUUAAAUAUGGAAUGAAUGCCAUUUAAAAAUAUUAUUUGGAUUGAUAUAUUGAAAAUUUCUGAAAAAACCCUACUAGUCCCGCCCAUCUGUU